AUGAUCAGAAGAGGGGCUGUUCAGUUUGGACCUCUCGAAGGCGACAUAUCUGCAAUCAUCAACGGCAGAUCUACUGCAGAACCUAGCAACAUCAACGACUGGUUUUCUUUUUGCAUUCUCCAUGCUACUUUGUGGCUGGUUUGGCUUCAACGGAAUCAGCGCAUUUUCAACAACACGCACACUACUGCGAAGGUUAUCGCUCGACAAGCUUCCAGAAUGGUCAUCUCCUGGCUUACAGCUCAUCACAAAGUCGACAAGAAUCUAUCUGCGGUUUGGCUACGUGAAUGCUUGUCUCGAAUGUAA